AUGAUGGAGGACCGGCCGCCCCUCACAUCACCGGAUGGAUCCAGUCAUGGGAACCCACCAGGGAGAUGUCCCCCAUCCUCUGUAUUCCCGGGACUCCACACAGGAACGUCCUACCACCCCUCACCACCAUCAGGUAGAUGGAUCCAGUAAUGGGAACCCACCAGAGAGAUGUCCCCGUCCUCUGUAUUCCCGGGAUUCCACACAGGAAGAUGGAAGGGAUUACCAGAAAAGCCUGAAUGUAGUCAUGGUGGAGUCACACUUCAAGGAGGAAGAGGAGGAAGUUCCCAUAGAUACCCGUGAAGAUGAACUUGAUGGAAAUGCUUUGCGGAAAUAUCCCAAACCUUGGCACUCCAUGGAGGUCUGUACGGAGGAGGAGGGGACAGGAACGGAGGAUGAUGAGGGUGGCAUCCUCGGGGGUCUUAAUGUCAUCAUCAAAUCAGAGGAGGAGGAAGAGGUGGUGAUCAAAGACGAAGAGGAAGCUACGGACAUUGUCCCAGUUGACCUUCAGAAGAAGACUUCUCAAGACUACAGGACAGCAAAUGACAACAAAUCCAAAGACUACCUGUCUAUGUGGAAAUCAGAUGAUGUCUCGGAGUGGGGUGCCAAAUCUAUGGCAGGUCCAAAUAUCCUGACCAUCAACCACCGAACUAUGACGGGUGAGAAGCCAUUUUCAUGCUCUGAGUGUGGUGGGUUCUUCAAACACAAGUCCAGCCUUGUCCUCCACCGGCGUAUCCAUUCGGGGGAGAAGCCGUAUUCUUGCUCCGAGUGCGGCAAACAGUUUAUCCAGAAGGCGAACUAUCUGCGACACCAGCGGCUCCACACGGGCGAGAAGCCAUACAAAUGCACCGAGUGCGGCAAAGAGUACGCUCAGAAGCAGAGCCUGGUGAUGCACCAGAAGUUCCACGCGGAAAAUGAGCCUUUUUCUUGCCCUGAAUGCGGCGCCAAUUUUAUCAGACAGUCGCACCUUGUUAACCACAGGAAGACUCACAAAGGCUUGCGGCGCUACACGUGCCCGGAUUGUGGGGACUUUUUUAUGCUGCGGUCCAGUCUGGUCAUCCAUCAAAGGGUCCAUAGUGCUGAGAAGCCUUUUUCUAGCUGA